AUGUCAGCGACAGGACAACAGCCGAAUCAACAACAAGAGCAUCGAUCCAACGGAUCUUCCUCUACUUCAACUAUUGUACUUGGGCUGCUCUCUCCCCCUCCGACCCCCCCUCCCUUGAAUUCCGGUCUUCCACCUCCCCCAUCUCGGCCUCCUGAUACAACUCCUGACAACGGAACUGGAAACUGUAUUGAAGUGUUGGUUGAGAUCAAGGAGCCUGAGACCGAGGUGAUUGAGUCUGAGGAGGUUGAGACCAAGGAGGUUGAGGAACAAGAACAGGACGAUGACACAACCAAAACCAUUUCUCCUGUAAGUUUUGACUGUGACUCACUUUUGCCACCCUCUUUUCUAACAAGUAUGCGGCCCCCUGAAGCAACAGCCGACUUCAAAUCUACUGUCAAGGCUAUUUUUCUACGCUUAAUAGCCCUUCCGGGUGACCUUCGGGCGGUUGAUCAAAACCAAGCGAGUACAGCAUGCCAACCUUCUUCUUGA